AUAGCAAACUGUCAAUUGCGAAAAAUCUUUUGUUUACCUUGAAAAUCCAAAGAAAAUUUUCUAUUUAUUUUAUUUUCAACAUAAAUUGAGGAAGUAAAACAAAUUAAAACGAUGGUUUGUGUUCCUUGCUUUAUAAUUCCAGUACUGUUGUUCAUUUGGCACAGAUUUAUCCAGCCGUACGUCUUAAGAUAUUGGAAUCCAUGGGAGAAAAAAGAUGAACAGGGAAAUGUAAUCAAAGACGAAAGUUUCCCAUUCACUUGCAAAGGGGGAAGUUGUCCUUUUCCAGCUGCUAAACAGAAACCACAGAUUGCUGAGAACAGUAAACCAGAAGAGACAAAUCGGACAGAAAUAGCUGCUGAGGAUAAGAAAAAUGACUAGUCAUGCAUUUUUUGGUGGAAAUUCAUCAAUUUUUUCAACAAAACAAAAUUCUUGAGUAAUUGUUAAGAUAUUAUGUUUACAUGAAGUAUGAAAGAUUUGAGGUAGAUAUAUUUGUGACUGGCAGAGAAA